AUGCAUCAUAUUACAAGUGGUUCUGCAGUUGCUAGUCCUUCCCAAGCAGGCCUGCCUAUUCCAACUCAUAGUCCUUCUCUUCCUGCCCCCACUACCUUUGCUGCUGCCCAUGGUGCCCAAAGUGGUCUACCACCUCCAACUCCACCUGUCCAGGAACAGCCUAGGCCUGCUGCCCAAACACCUACUCAAGCUGGCCCACCUUUCAUCCCAACAGCUCCUUCUUUCACUACUCCUCCCCCAACAUUCUUCACAUCUGCCCAAACAUUUGCCCCUGCUUCACAAACAUUCACUACACCAGCUCCUGCUACUGCUCCCACUGCCAUAACGUUUACAACCCCUGCCCCAACAUUCACCUCUGCUCCCCCAGCAGUCACUCCUGCUGAUACGACUCCUACUUUUGAAUUCCACACUCAACGAUUUGAAUUUGGAUCCCCAAUACCUACAGAUGCAGGAGUAACUGGAGUAUCACAUGGUGCCUCUGGCUUCCAAGGAGUUUCCACACCAAGCCCCUUCCCAUCUAUCACUGUCCGAGGUGAGACAGGACUUGGUAGUGCUCAAUCACAGAUACCUGCUUUUGAUAAUACACAGAGUGUUGUUGGAUUUAGUACUCCUCAAACUCCAGUUGAUUUUAGUGCUCCUCAACCUGCAGCUGGAUUUGCAGCUCCUCAACCUGCUGGUUUUGGUGCUCCUCAACCUGCUGCUGGUUUUGGUGCUCCUCAAGUUGCAAUUGAUUCAGGUGCACCUCAAACCACAGCUGGUAUAGGUGUUCCUCUGGCAACAGCUGGUUUUGGUGCUCCUCAGGCAGCAGCUGGUUUUGGUGCUCCUCAGGCAGCAGCUGGUUUUGGUGCUCCUCAGGCAGCAGCUGGUUUUGGUGCUCCUCAGGCAGCAGCUGGUUUUGGUGCUCCUCAGGCAGCAGCUGGUUUUGGUGCUCCUCAGGCAGCAGCUGGUUUUGGUGCCCCUCAAGAAGCAGCUGGUUUUGGUGUCCCUCUGGUAGCAGCUGGUUUUGGUGCCCCUCAAGCAACAGCUGGUUUUGGUGCCCCUCAAGCAACAGCUGGUUUUGGUGCCCCUCAAGCAGCAGCUGGUUUUGGUGCCCCUCAAGCAGCAGCUGGUUUUGGUGCCCCUCAAGCAGCAGCUGGUUUUGGUGCCCCUCAAGCAGCAGCUGGUUUUGGUGCCCCUGAUAUUGUUGCUAACUUUGGGGCCACUCCAGGUGCCUUAGGUACACCUCAAGUUGUUGCUAACUUUGGUGCUCUUAGAGAUGAUUUAGGUCCAGUGCAAACCAGUUUCGGCAACAACCUAGGAGUUGCGAGUUUCGGAAAUACUCAAGGUGUCACAAAUUUUGCCUUCCCUAGCUCUCAGGCAACAGCUGGUUUUGGAGCUCCUAUAGAUACAGCUGUUCUGGGGGCUCCUGAGGUUGCAGGAGACUUUGGUGCUCCCCAUGGUGCAGCUGGGUUUGGUAUUCCUCAAGACACAGUUGGCUUUGGUGCCCCUCAAGAUGCAGCUGGCUUUGGUGCUCCUCAAGAUGCAGCUGGCUUUGGUGCACCUCAAGAUGUAGCAGGAUUUGGUACUCCUCUAGGUCCAGUUGAAUUUGAUGUAACCCAGGGUGCGGUAGGUUUUGAUGUCCCUCAGGAUGCAACAGGCUUUGAUGCCUCCCAGGGUGCAGUUGGCUUUGGUGCACCCCAGGGUGCAGUUGGCUUUGAUGCCUCCCAGGGUGCAGUUGGUUUUGGUGCACCCCAGGGUGCAGUUGGCUUUGAUGCCUCCCAGGGUGCAGUUGGUUUUGGUGCACCCCAGGGUGCAGUUGGCUUUGAUGCCUCCCAGGGUGCAGUUGGCUUUGGUGCACCCCAGGGUGCAGUUAGCUUUGAUGCCUCCCAGGGUGCAGUUGGUUUUGGUGUACCCCAGGGUGCAGUAGGUUUUGGUGUUCCUCAGGAUGUAGCUGCUUUUGGUGCCCCUCAGGAUGCACUUGCCUCCGGUGCCCCUCAGGGUACAGUUGACAGCAGAACUUCUCUAGAUGCCUCUAACUUUGCUGUUCCUCAAGCUGAAUUUGGUUUAGAUACACAAGGCGGUAAUGCUUUUAGUGUUUCUAAUGGUUUACCAGUUCAACCAGGCAAUGCGGCUUUCAGUCCUCCAGGUGUUGGUGUGCCCUUAGCCAUCAUUAACCCUCAAGGCAAUUUUAAUCCUGUGGGAAUAGCAGGGCCAGAUUUUGGACCCACCAUCAACACCGGAGCAGGUUUUGGACCCACCCUCAACACUGGAGCAAACUUUGGCUUCGACAUUAAUGCAAUACCCUUUACCCCUGAAGAACAACAGGAGCUACUUGCUGCAGCAGGAAUCGGAACACCAGCAUUUGGUAACUUCAAUUUUCAAGUGAAGCGUGAUACAGCCAAAGCAAGUGAAAGUUCUGAAGAUGCGUCCUAA